AUGGUUGCGAAAGCAAAAAGCAAAUCGAAGCGUCAGAAGAAGCCAAACGCUUCACUGUUGAAAGCAAAGGGUGGGAAGAAGAAGUUUUCGUUAAAGUUCUUUAUCGAAUGUAAGCACCCUGUUGAAGAUGGUAUCAUGAAAAUCCAGCAUUUCGGCAACUUCCCUAAUAAGGUGUGCUUGACUGUUGGUUUACAGGAGAACUACCUUCGUGAACGAAUCAAAGUUAACGGCAAGACCGGAAACUUCGGCAACAACAUAGUCAUGGAGGUGCAGAAAACGAAAAUUGCUCUUAGCUCGGAUGUCGCGUUCAGUAAAAGAUAUUUGAAGUACCUGACCAAAAAGUACUUGAAGAAGAACUCACUCCGCGAUUGGUUGAGGGUUGUUGCUUCCGCGAAAGACACUUACGAAUUGAGGUACUUCCAGAUCAAUGAAAGUGAAUCAGAAGCAUCUGGAGAUGAAGAAUAG